AAGUCAAAAAAGAUUUGGAAAUUGAUGAAAUGACUAAACUUUCUUUAAAAAAGAUUCAUAAUAUAAAAACUUAUGCUAGGGAAAAUGUAAAAUCCUCAUAUAAUGCUGUGCCAAGCCAAGGUGAAGUGUUUAUAGUUCAAAAUUCUUCCAAAGGGCUAUGCUGGAUUAGUUGCAAAGUAUGUAAAAAAAAGUUUGAGCGUCUUGAAAAAUUUCUAAGUCAUUUUAUCAAAACGCAUUUAAAAGACCAAACUGACCAAAUUAGUGGAGCGUGCCCCCAAAAUUCUAAUGAAAAAACAAAUACAAUUGACGGUGAGAAUAACAAUAAUGAAGAAUUAAUUAGUUUUGAAAAAAAUAUUGAAAAUAUUCAGAAUAAACUUGUAAAUGAAAAUGUAGAGGCUUUUGAAAAUAUUGACGGUGAUGUUGAAAAUACACAAGCUGAAAGUAGUGAAUUGAAUAUUGGUGAUGAAUUGAAUAUUAAUCAUAAAUUGGAUAGUGAUCAUAAAUUGGAUAUUAAUCUUCCACUUGGAGAUGAUUCAGAAUUUCUUGAAAAUAAUGAAUUAGAGUCCAAUAUUAAAAAAAAAUCAAAUAAUGAAAAACAAUUGUGUCCCCAAUGUGGCAAAAUUUAUUUAACGACAAGCUCAUUAAAUUAUCAUAUUAAAACUCAUUUUGAACCAUCGUCUACGAGGUCAUUUAAAUGUGAAGAGUGUGGAACAAAUUUGACUUCAAAAACAGGUUUACAAAUUCAUAUGCGAAUUCACAGUGGAGAAAAACCUGAAAAAUGUAGUUUAUGUCCCAAAGCUUAUCGUACACGAACUGCGCUUAAAGUUCACUUUACGACUCAUACAGGGCAGUUGAGAUUUCCUUGUUCAUUUUGUGAGAAAAGGUUCCGUAUUAAAGCUCAAUUGCAAAUACAUGAGAGGGUUCAUACUGAUGACAAACCAGUUCAGUGUGAUGUAUGCGGUGCUAGAUUUCGUUGCACUAGUGCUAUGAAUGUUCAUAGAAGACAGCAUCAAACCCACGCAGAAAAAAAAUUCCAAUGCAAAUUGUGUUCAGUUUAUAUAAGUAAAAACUUAAGGGAGUACCAUAGAAAAACUCAUGAGAAAACAAAAAACUACUCUUGUUUAAAAUGUUCGGAAUGUUUCCGAACGCAAUCUUCAUUAAGAUGCCAUUUGUUUAGAGAGCAUAGGUGUGCACCAAUUGUUAAAAAAACCUAUCUAAAUCUAGAAAAAAAAGGCUUAUAUAAGUUAGGUGAGAUUUUCCGUGAGGUUUCUGAUAUAAAGGAAAUCGUUGAGGCAAAAAAUAAAACAUUCAAAUGUGGAAUUUGCUCAUCUGGUCACACAACGGAAAAAAGUUUGAAAAUGCACGAAAGAGUACAUGCUGAAACAAAAGAUUACAAGUGUGAUGUAUGUGGCAGCGAAUGUUUUCGAACUUAUGGUGACUUACAUUAUCAUAUGAGGAGAAAACAUGCUUGCACGCCAAAAGCCAAUUCCAAUUAUACAUUAAUAGGUGGAAGACGCCGAAAAUGAAAAUAUGUAUAUCGAUGCAAAUUGUGACUUAUGUUUGGUUCUUGACUUGGUUUUUGUGAACGUCUCUUUAUUUGAAUCAAAUUUUUUUUUAUAUUUUUAAAAAAAUGUCAAA